GUUUUGGAGAGGCAGGACUUCCAGAACAGCAGCAGCAGCAGCAGAAGCAACACAAGAGUCAGUGUUGAGCGGAUCUUCUGCAGUCUCCUCCUCCUCCUCCCCCCUGUGCUGUGCUCACACCACACAGGCACCUUCCAUCCCAACACUCUCUUCUCACUCAGCGCUCGCCUCGGUGUCCACGGGAACAGAAGAGGCAAGGAGAGAAAGGAAAAAAGCAGUGUGUGUGUGUGUGUGUGUGUGUGAGAGAGAAGAGAGAGAGAGAGAGAGAGAGAGAGAGAGGGAGUAGCCGUGUGGAGACGGACAGGCACAGGUGCUGUGCCGAACGAGAGCCCGGGGAAGUGAAGAAGCGGCGAUUCGACUGAGCGUGCGACUCUGGAGCACAACGAGCUGAGCUGAGAGGAAUUCCAAAACAGCUGUCCGGCAGACGUCCUCUGAAACUGAAAGGGGCAGCGAGAGGGAGAGAGAGAGAGUGAGAGAGAAAGAGAGAGAGGAGGGGGGCUGCAACACUCUGCACUUCAUUUGGAGCCGGCGAGCGUCAAGCAGAACAGCUUGCUGUGGACAGAGCCAACGGGAUUAACCUCGAGGAGCUGCACAAGGUAAGAAUUGCAGAGAUUGCUGGGCUCGAGGGCAGACGUCUGACCAAUCGAGAGCCUCGGAGAGUCUGAGAAUGUAACUCCUGCCUCUCCCAGGGGAGACGUCAGCAUUGAAGACCUGACCGCAGCGUGAAGAGUGCCUCUGUUUUCAUUUUCAGCCCUCAAGUAUCCAGGAUACGGUGGAGUAAACAACCAUGCCGGCGAAGACGCCCAUCUACCUGAAAGCCAAACCCGCCAAGAGGGGCAAGAAGUUUCGGCUGCGGGACCUCCUGUCCCCCGACAUGAUCAGCCCGCCGCUGGGGGACUUCCGCCACACCGUCCACAUCGGGAAGGCCGGCGCACGGGACACGUUUGGGGACAUGUCCUUCCUGCAGGGCAAGUUCGAGCUACUGCCGGGGAAGGGUGAAGUGGCACGGACCCAGCAGCACAGCGGCCCACUGCACAGCGAGUUCCUGCGGGCCAACAGCGCCUCGGACGCUUCCUUCGCCGAGACACCGUCACCGGUACUGAAGAACGCCAUCUCCCUGCCCACCAUUGGCACCGGCCAGGCGCUCACGCUGCCGCUCCUCUCAUCCGGCGUCUUCCCCAUGGCCUCCGACCCGCUGGACGACCCUCUCGAGGCACUGACUGACCCUCUGUCCGGUCUAGAGAUCGGACAGGAAGAGGAGGAUGAUGAGGAGGAGGGGGAUGUCGUUUUUGACAGCGGCGCACUGGAGAUCCUACAGAUUGACUCGCUUCUGCAGUCCAUCACUAUCUUCGGCCGCGAGUCCAGCCCGCCGUCCGCCGAGCACCAGGAGAGGCCGGCCCUCACUAUCAACCUGGUGGAGACGCCUGACAAGCCACUGCCGCCACCGCCAAAGAAGAAAACGAAUCCAAAGCUCGGGAAGAUUCUCACCUUCGAGAACGGCUCCGAGAAGAAGCAGUCACCGCCACCAUUGCCCUCGUUUUUCAUUAGCGGUAACAACCAUAGCAACAGCAUCUACAAUGGCAAUGGCAUCUACAACGGCAAUGGCAACUGCAAUAGCAGCAGCAACUGCAACAACGGUGGCAACUGCAACCGCAGCGGCAACUUCAACAGCUCUCUCGGCCUCUACAAUGGCGACACCAUCCUCUGUGAGAAGGAGAGCAAUGGCAGCUGGGCAGACAGAGACAGCGGCGUGGAGGAAGGUCGCAUGUGUGACUUUGACUUUGAGCUGUCCAAGGAGAAGAGCAUCUCUCAGGAGUCUCUCACCCAAAUCACAGGCUCCCUGCUCUCACUCGAACUGGACUUAGGGCCCUCCAUUCUGGACGACGUCCUCAAUAUAAUGGACAAGCCCCAACCCGGAAUCAAGGCAUAAGUUUCAGAGACAAUUGGAGAGAGGAAAGGGAAUUACACGAACUGCAUGGCUAUGGGAAUAGAUGUUUGGCACGGGCCAGGCAAUGGAAAAUAGUAUGGCAUACUGAUGUUGGACUGUGGUGAAAAACGAACUCAAAAAGACAAGGAAGGGGGCAGACAUUUUUUUUACAGAGUUUUUAUCCUCAUCCUUAGUUUUUAAUAGAGUGCUGUUUGGAGGUUAUUUCUCGCUCUGUCUGUCUACGUUUUCCUCUUGUGUCACUGGUGUGGGACGAGCCGGCAUGAUUACAUUAACACAAAGUAGCGACAACACAGCCAUCGUGCCUUUUAUGUUGAGAUCCAAUUAUGUGCAAAAAGGUUGUUUUGUGUGCUUAGAAACAAUCCCGACUUUAGAUGUAGACUAAAAAGGUAGCGAGUCUGACAAGUGUGGACACCGUUUAUGCUUUCAUGCACAAAUACAAUAAUAUGAUAUGACACUAUGAUAAUAUUUCUUUUUUGAGAUAUGCAUAUGUGUGAUUUUUUUUCCCAAAGUUUAUCAAGAAAUGUUUUCAUGUACAUAUUUAUACUAUUUCAUUAACAGUGCUACAAGAGUGUGAAGUACACUUAUGCUAUUCUGUGGAAAUAAAAUAAAAUGAAAUUAGGAUG